GAGGUGGGUGGGGCAUACGGCUAAGGAGUGCCCCAAAUCACGAAAGGCCGCACCGUAAGCAACCUGUCUGCAAGCAGACUGGUGCACAUUCUGCUAAUAGUAAUAAUAACAAACCCUCACAGCAGCGUGAUGUGCCUCCUUCAACAUCACAGGAGUCACCUGCAUCCUCAAAGCCACCUGCUGACCUGAGGGACAAAUUAAAUAGGGCUAGAGCUUCAGAGGAAGCUAGGAAGGUACAACCUCCACACACACCAGUGCUAAAAGAGGUCCAAGUUGCUUUUGAGAAAGCACAGCGUGAUUUACGGGAUAAGUUGAUCGCCCGUCGCAACGCUACUCCCUUGGCCCCUUCCACUCAGGCCUUCGACCUAGAUUUGUCCGUUCGACUGCCAAAGACAGCUGCAUCAUCGUCUUCAAUGGUGACUGACUUUAGUCGUAAAGUCACGGAAAAGCCCGGCAAACAGUUGGAAGUUGUUGUUUCCAACCCGGCUGCUGCUGCCCGUAAACAAGGCAAAUCUAGGCAUGUCUCCUCUAGCAGUGAGGAGAGUGAUGAUAGUUUGGCAGCGAUGUCAGUUACCCCAAAGCCUCGUUCAAAGCAUGUUAAGUGUUGUGAAAAGUCCCAAAGAGAAUCGGGACAUGAGGCGGAGGGGCCUAGUAAGAACAUUGCUGAUGUCGCUUCUUUAGGCCAAAUUAAUACCACAGAGGAUUGUCUUGACGGAUCCAAUUGCACCCCUAAAAGUUGAGGAGAUGAUGGAGGCACAGUCUGCGCCUGUGACAGAAUCGCCGACCGUCUCAUCUUCAGUGUCUGGUGCUGACAAUUCAAGGAAUUUUGUAGCAGAAUCUGCAGAUUCUGUGAGUCCCAACGACCCAAAAUGUAACCUGCAUCCCCCUCAGGACAUUCCUUUGCCAGAGGAGGUAACACUGGAAGAGGCCAACUCGAACUGCGGGCCUCUUACAGAUGAUGAUAUGUUUUUUGAAUAUGAAUCAGGUCACAGCGGGUCCGAUGUCGAAUCUUCGUCAGGAGCAGGUACGACUUCAAGUCUGCAGCAAGCCGCUGAUUUUACUGAACAUCUCCUUCAGGAUGUUGCCGCUGAUUCACACAGUCUGGAAGAUGCUGCCACCCUGUCGCAGGCACUUGACAAAGCAUCAGUUGUGAAGGAAGAUGGUUCCUCUUCUUUGGAGCAUUAACAUUCAAUCUCUUAUCGUUGAAUGUUAAUAGUCUAAGUGACCGCUUAAAAAGAACCGCACUUGUGGACUGGCUUAAGUGCAUGAGGGUUGACUUUGCGUGUCUCCAGGAGAUACAUGCCUAAUCGCACAAGACCAUAAGAAAGUGGUUCUGUAAUACAGGUUUUAAGGUGUCAAAUAAAUCUUGUGGCACUGGCAUUCUUGUAAAGGAUACCUAUAAGGUCAAUAAGGUCAUUAGGGAUGAGGAGGGCCAUUUUGUGCAAGUGCAUUUGGUGGCUGACGAACACUUGCUUUCUUUCGUCACUCUGUAUGUUCCGAAUAAGAACCCGGAGCGUAAUCGGUUCUUUCCCUCCAUCCCUGAACUUAUUGACCUGAGUCGCCCCACAUUUAUCUGUGGGGAUUUUAACAGUGUCUUGGACAGUGCAUUGGAUAGGAAUCUUCGGUCUACUUACACUGGGAGCCAGAUGACUCAAUAUCAGGAAAGCGGACCGGCAUUACAAUCUUUGCUUUCUGCUACCCAAACAUAUCUGUUAUGGCGAACAUUACAUCCAGGUCAGACGGCCUACUCCUGGACCCAUGGGUCUGGGCAGUUUGCUUCACGGAUAGAUAUGCUUUGGGUCCCCACUGUUUUCAAAGACAACAUCAAGGAGUGCGAAUAUCAUCCCUCGUUUUUUAGUGACCACUCUUAUUUGCUGGUGAAAUUUGAGUUGGAACAGAAUUUCCGGGGUCCAGGGGUGUGGAAAUUCAAUAACUCCCUGCUGGAUGAUCCAGAGUAUUGUGACCUUGUCGCGUCCUUUUGGCAAAGUAGGGAGGGUUCCGAUGAGUACUUUUCUUUGCUGGAUUGGUGGGACCAAGGAAAAUACUAUCUGCGAGAGGUCACUGGUACGUUCUCCAAGACUAAGGCUGAGGUUGGACAUAGUCGUAAGUCCUCCUUGACACAUCAGAUACAUGAGUUGCAACACCUUUUUGAAGCUGGUGAUUCAUCUGCCUUUGCACAGCUUUGUGAGGUGCAGGAAGACCUACGUACAAUAGCGUCGCAUGAAGCCCGAGGGGCACAAACAAGUGCUAGGUGCCAAUGGGCAGAGGAGGGGGAGUCCUCCUCGUCCUAUUUCUUUGGGCUCGAAGCCAAACAUCAGGCACACCAGAAGGUGUCAGUUAUCCGCAACCCUGUAUCGGGUCAGGUGUGUCACAACCCUAUUGACAUUUUGGGUGUGUGGCAAUGUUAUUAUGCCUCCCUUUUUACUGCUCGGCAGUGUGACGCAGUCACACAAGAUGACAUGUUGGCAAAGGUGACGCACAAGCUUUCCCAGGGGGAACGUGAUGCUUGUGAGGGCCUUUUGACUGAGCAGGAGUGUUUUUCUGCCUUGUCAGGCAUGCCGCAUGGUAAAACUCCAGGUUCGGAUGGCUUUCCGAUGGAGUUUUACAUGCGCUUUUGGCAAUCCUUCAGCACUGACCUGGUCUGUGUUCUCAACGUUGCUUAUGAGACCGGCCAGCUUUCCACCUCUCAGCGCCGAGGAUUGAUUAUUAUAUUAUACAAAAAGAACGACCACUUAGAGACGAAAAACUGGAGGCCAAUAAGCCACCUAAAUGUUGAUUACAAGAUUGCCACAAGGGCACUCUUGGGUAGUCUUCUUGCUGUGAUAGGUACGGUGGUGGGCACAGAUCAAAUGUGUGGUGUGCCUGGUCGUACGAUGAAGAAAACCUCUCUUUCAUUCGCGAUCUGAUCGAGUAUGUCGAGCGUGAAGAUCUGCCUGGGGCCCUUCUCUGUUUAGAUCAGGAGAACGCUUUCGAUAGAGCGGAUUGGGGUUUUCUGUUAUGCAUUUUAGAUCGUUUUAAUUUUGGUCCUAGCUUCUGUAACUGGAUCAAACGUUUUUACACGGAUGUAGAGUCAGCAGUGGUAAUUAAUGGCUGGACUUCUACAUUUUUUAAAGCAUCUCGUGGAGUGCGUCAAGGCUGUCCUCUUUCUCCUCUCCUCUAUGUGCUCUGCAUUGAAAUCCUAGCAGUCAACAGCCGUACGUCACCUAACGUUACCGGUGUGUAUCUCCCUGAUUCCAUCGAGCAGUACAAAUGCUCUGGAUAUGCGGAUGAUACCACGAUCGCAGUGACGACGAACGAGUUGAUCGAGGAGGUGUUUAACAUCUAGGACACCUUUGAGGAAGCAUCUGGCGCAAAGUUAAAUAGGGGCAAGUCAAAAGGCAUGUGGUUUGGCGCCUGGAAGAGUCGAACAGAUACCCCUUUUGGGUUAUCGUGGGUGAAUGAACUUCCGCUUCUUGGCACAACCUUUAGUGUGGGAGAUUACACCAUCCCAACUUGGGAAAAGCCUGUUGCCAAACUUGAAUCCUGCUUGUCCGCCUGGUCUGGUCGUUUGCUCUCGUUACAGGGCAAAAUGACCAUCAUUAAUAGUUUGGCACUCUCGCAGAUAUGGCACUUGUGCCAUGUCUUUGCAAUCCCGGCGUGGGCGUCCAAACGUAUCAAAAAAGCUCUUUGGUCCUUUUUCUGGUCGGGCAAAAAAGAUCUGGUAGCCCGCACCACUGUGUGUCUCCCAAAGUCUAAGGGAGGCUUUGGUGUCAUCGAUUUUGAAAGGAAGGCCGAGUCCUUCACUUUACAGUGGGUGAAAAGGAUUUUCACUCCAGAAACAGCCAAAUGGAAGAGCUUUUUCAAGUUUUUUAUCAUCUCUUGCUUGGGCAGGUCCCCGCAAGAGGCUUUUAAACAUAUUCAUCCUAGUCGCUUGAUGAACGACCUGCCUCCCUUUUAUCAUAUCAUCUUCUGCACCUGGCGGGAGUUGGAUGGGGACGGGGCAGGGGAUGAACUCACGUUUCAGGCAUCUUCCGAUACGCCUUUGUCUGUAUCGCAGUUGUCCUCUUGUAACACAUAUCGUCUUGGACAACAACGGUGCCAUGAGCCAACCUGCAUAUUACAUUUCUAUGGCGACUAUGGUCCUUUGCAUUGGCCUCAAACCUGGGCUCAGUUGCACAUACCACUUUGGACCGUUUCGUCAUAGAUUUGAAAUGGAAAAUUGCUCACGGUGUUCUCUACGCCGGUUCCUGUUUAAGACAUGAUUUUGGGAUGGCUCAUGUAGAUCCUCAGUGCUUCUGUGGAGCUGACGAGGAGACACUGGAGCAUCUCUUUUUUGAAUGUUGAGUUGCUAGGAUUGUGACAUGAUGGAUCUUUUUUAACCUGCUGCAGGUUGAUCCUACAGCAAACAAGUUUACUGUCGACGAGCUGAUUCCAUUGGUAAUGAUGAAGGACAUCAUUUGGGUAGCUCGUUGUGAUUAUUGGUUUCGAGGCAAGAUGCCCGUUGAGUCGGAAUGUCUCAACAAGUUGAUCGUUCGAAUCAAGUUUGUCCUUCGUUUUCUUGUUCGGAAAUGCAAGUCACCAACUCAGGUUCAAUAUUUUGAGAAGGAGUGGCUUGCAAAGUGGUCACUUGGGUCAUUUCCAGGGCGAGAAGCUGGUCUUCUCUUUUUAAAUGUCUUUGUUGUUCUAUAACCGGGGGUCGCCUUCAUUGGUUGUACUGCUGGGAUUGGAAACAACUAUCUUCUUGCCUUCCUAGAUAGAUAUUAGAAUCUUCUUUGGCUGCUCUUCUCUUGUGGGAGGUGGCAUUAUUUAAUUGUCUAGUUUAGUUCUUAGUUUUUAAAUAUAAUAAUAAAUAAAUAAAUAUAUACUAAAUAGGCUUAAACGUACCCAAUGGGGCGUUAGAAUAACAAUACCUGGGUACAUUUAAGGAGGAGUUAGGGAUCAUCUCCCUAGUCGUUUGCAUGCCGGUGCACACUCCUCGUUAUACACAAAUUCAUUGCACUAACCCAAGUGGGUGAGAAUUUGUCUCGAACAAACAUAAACUUACCGACGCGAGAGGCACCUUAAUCAACUAGGAGGUCCUCUCAGGAUGAGGCCCUUUAAUGGUACUUCGACUGGGUUGACUCGAACUGGGUUGACUGCGAUUACCCCUAAUGUGGGUAACUUGAGCGUAUAAUUUCUGGUAGUGGGGACCUGUGUUCGCGCUCGUCCCUUUCAACAUAUAAUAUAAAUGUAUAAAGCUGUGUUUGUUUGUUUUUCUAACACUGCCGUGUGUCGAUUGUUUUUGUAUAGAAUCAGAUGUCAAACAUAUCAUCUAUCACGCAAGACACUCUAUAUAUAUUCUCCGUGCCGAAAUCUCCAUCUCGCGUUCAUAUUCUAUGGUAAGUAAAGCUAUACAUGUGUAUAUUUUGUAAGCACUUCGAGUCUUUGCACACUAUUAAAUUAAUUCGCUGUAUAAAGUAACUUCCUUGCCAAUGGAAUUUCAAUCCAUUGCACGUACAUUCCAAGUGCCGAUUACCUGGCUCACGUGUCACUCAAACGCACGUGUUUUGCCGGUCAAACUUAUAGAAUACCAAGUAAAUAUUAGAACAUCGUAUUAUUUCACGGCGCAUGACCCGAAACCUUUCCGGGUCACAAUGCAACUUGCAAGUGAAAGAAGCUCGACGCAUUCAUGAAUCUUUAAAGAGCGCGAAAGCCGAUACGUUUGCAACUCUCGUCUCAUGGUCGAUGCCACACUGCCGUCUUGCCCCUCAACACGACGGCACGUGCGUACGCGAGAGAACCACGAGAGUCGCGGCAGGCGAUCACCACGGAUUUGCCGUGCUCGUGCGACGAGUAAUGAGGUGCUUGUCGACGUCAUAAUCGCUCGCAAGCGAGCUCCUUCUCACCUCGUUUUCAUAGCAUAAGUGUCCGGUAGAAAUAUGUGGGCCGAGCGGCGAAGGCAUCGCUUCUCAGCCUUUUGGCUAAUUCUGGAAGUAUUCCAGUUGUGGAUUGUGGUCAAUCUUUUGGAACGUUUUUUGCUGACAAAGAACACAUUUUUUGUUGCGGUUAUCGUGUCCUGUCUCUCAUUUUUUGGUCUUGCUGUCUUGGUCCUGCCUUGGUUUUGUUGCUUUGGUCCUGCCUUGGUCUUGCCUAAGCCUUGGUCCUGCCCAGUUUUUUGGUCUUCAUUAGUUGGCCCUUAUAUUUGUGAGUGUGUACUUUUGUGUGUACUUUUGUGUGUACCACAAGCUUAUUGUGGUGUUAUUUGUAUAUAUAUAUUAGUGUAUUUCUGGUUGUUCCCAAAUCCAGGGGCCCAGUAGGGGGCAACUGAAUGGGGGGUGGACUUUUUAGGUUCUUUGUCGAUUUUGUUUAAGGUGUUGUGCUUGAUGACACUUUAAUAUCGCGUUCUUGACUCGUUUAAUUAAGGUUAUUUGUAUUCUAUUAUAUAUUGAGUUUGAUUCCUUUUUUGAAUCAUACGGCGGACAUUAUUUUGUCGGAUAACUUAGAAGCCUGUGAUGUUAAUGUACGGGUAGUUAUUGACGAAUUUCAGGGCCAAUGCGAAAAUUUUCUUGCUACCUUUGAGGCAUUUGUUUUUAUGGCGCCGGGUCACUUUCAUGUCACAUGUAAAGGAGCACGGAAAUUGGAAGCUGCAGAGAAUUUUGGUUAUACUCUACGGGGUUGGCUGGUUGUAUUUAAGCCGAUUUCGUCUUUUCCGUGGGUUAAUGUUACGAAACUAUCGUAUGGUAUUCCUGAUGAAGUUAUUUCUGCCGAGCUUAGGCCUUAUUAGUUUAGUUUAAUUAAUUCGCCACAAUACAUUACAAUGACAUAUAUAGCAAGUUACAAGUUUACCAAACAGACGACUGGCAGGAGUUAGAUACAGGACUAAUGUCCCAGUUGCCAUCCUACCCCUAUACAUCAAUACAAUACACUAAGAAAUAUUCACACAGGUAAGCAAUACGUAGCUAAUUUACCGAAGCAUAGGUUAGUGAUUUUAGUCUUAAAUAAAGUAAUUGAAUUACAAGAUUUUAAAUUAGAAGGUAACAUAUUCCAGAGUUCUGCAGCCAUAAUGAAAAACGACUUGCUAUAAUAGUCUUGUUUGUGCUUAAUAAUCAAGUUGUAGUUAUUUGGGUCGUAAUUACGUGUCCGAUAGCAAUAAACGUAAGUGUUCAGGUACUUAUUCACGGUCCAUAGUUAUUAGCCCAUUUCUGGACUUAAACAAUAAAGUUAAAUCCGAAAUCUCUCUUCUGAAUUCCAGUGGAAAAAAGCGUAGUUUCUGCAGCCUCAACGGAUAUGACAUAUCUUUUGGGUAAUUAAGAAUAAACCGCGUAGCUCUUCGUUGAACAUUUUCGAUAAGUAAACGAUGUUUACCUGUGUAAGGAGACCAAAGACUACUGGAAUACUCAAGCUUUGGUCUAACAAAAGUACAAUACAGAAGCUUCCGGGUGUUUGUGUCCUUGAUAUCCCUACACAAUCUUUUAACAAGACCAAGAGUUCUGUUAGACAAUCUCUUCGAUGUGUUUAGACCAUGAAAGGUUGUUGGUGAUAGUAAUUCCAAGGUCAGUAUGUUAGGAACAUUUUCUAAUUGGUUACCUGCCAGGUAGUAGUUUUUACCCAUUAAGUGAUGUUCUGUAGGUAAUUUCUUCCUUGAAAAAUGUACUGCUUUACAUUUAUUAACAUUGAAUGCCAUUGCCCAGUUUUCGCCCCAGUGACUGAGGCUGUCGAGAUCUUUCUGAAGGGAAACACUGUCAUUAUGCAAAUAGAUAGGGUGGAAAAGUUUGGAGUCGUCCGCAUAAAGAGCAAUUGAUGAAUUGUUUUCUAAGUAGGUGGGUAGAUCGUUAAUGUAUAUUAAGAAAAGAAGCGGCCCGAGGAUAGACCCCUGCGGUCCGCCCGAUGUAACAGGGAUCCAGUCAGAAGAAUGUCUGUUGAUAACCACUUGUUGAUGUCUUUCCGAUAAGUAACUGCCAAACCAUGAGAGGGUAGGAUCAGAAAUACCAUACGAUUUACGUUUUAAUAAAAGCAGAUUGUGUGGUACUUUAUCGAACGCUUUGCUAAAGUCCAGGUAAAUUGCAUCUACUUCUUGACCACUAGCAAUACAUUCCAGAAUUUGAUGGUAUACUACCAACAACUGCAUAUUCGUGGACUGCCCUUUCAGGAAACCAUGUUGGAGAUAAUGGAACAUAGAGUGUAGAUGUUCAUAACAGUGAUUAUAAACACACCGCUUUAAAACUUUUGAUAACAUAUCGAGUAAAGAGAUAGGUCUAUAGUUCGAUGGAAUUGUCGGAUCAUUCUUUUUAAAGAUGGCAGUAAUGUUAGCAAGUUUCCAUCGUUUAGGCAUUAUGCCUUCUGAUAGUGACAGAUUGAAAAGACGGCAAAUUGAAAGUGCAAUUUCAUCAGCAACGCUUACCAAAAUUCUAUUUGGCAAAUUAUCUGGACUGCUACCUUUGUUUGCAUCCAAGCUAUGGAGCACCUCAGAUACUUUGUAAACUGUUAACCGAAUAUUACUAAGCUGCUUUUCUGGUAUGUUAAUUGGAGAAAAAUCAGGAGGUUCAUUAGUGCCGAAAUUGAGAACAGAGUGAAAGAAAUGAUUUAACAUAUUGGCUAUACCAACAGGGUCAGAGACAAAAUUUUGUUCAUCUCUGAGAAAAUUUGGUUGUUGAUUAGUCUUUGUAAUUCUCUUUAUAUAUGACCAAACUCUUUUGGGAUUUUCGAACACAGAGUCCCUCAUUUUUAAAGCAUGUUCUUUCUUCUUUUUACUAAUCAAUUGUUUAGACUGGAUCCUUAAAAGUUUAUACUUUUCGAGAUCGAUGAGUGAUUGAGAUUUUAAGGCCUUCCGUCCCUGGAUAUUUUUCUCUCUCAAUAAUUGUCGCAGCUCUGUAUCCAUCCAUGAGGGAUCAUUAGCAUUAUUUAUGGUGAGUUUGGGUACGUUGUCAUUGACAAUUGACAUAAACAUAUCAUACCAAUUUGAUAGCGAUUGUUCUACAUCACUGAUCACAAAGCACAAAUCCCAAGGCGCAUGUGUCAACAUUUCUUUAAGUCCCAUCCAAUUUGCAUUUCUUUAAGUCCCAUCAAUUUGCAUAGAUUGUAUAUAGUUCGCUUCACUUUUGGUAGUUUUUUUAAUUUGAAGGUCAAUCUGAAAGCUUAUAUGUUUAUGAUCCGUUUCGAGAAUAUCUUCAAAACCCUGAACAUUAACUAUUUUGUCUGGGACGUUAGUUAGAAGCAAGUCCAAAAUAUUAUCUUCUCUGGUCGGGAAAUCAACUAACUGACACAAAAAGUUAUCCUUAACUGUUUUAGCAAAAGCGUUCCCAAUAGCUUCACCAGUAAUUGCCAUGCCCGUUGACCAGUCAAUAUUGGGGAGAUUAAAAUCUGGGCAUAUUAAGUUAAUUAAAAGCGAGCAGUACAUGCAUGUUUACACUGGUGUUUGUAAUCUUUUAAUGGAAGUUGUGCGUGAUAUUCCGGCUCGGCUUCGCAUUGCAGGACAUUGGUGUUGUAUUUAUUAUAAAGGCCAAAAGCGGCUUUGUUUUUCUUGUGGUCUUCGUCGUUCAACUCAAAAUAAGAUCAAGUGUUAUUGGUCUUAGUCGCCGGGAGUAAAGUUGAAAGUUCCAGUGAAAAACCUGGAUUCUGGAGACUGGACUCUGGGUACAAGACUCGAUUGCAAGCAAGAAGAGAAAAAAGGGGCAGGAGCCCAAAGUCUACGAGUUGGUAAGUGUGUGAGUGGGGAGGUCUCUAGCCCAAGGCAAGGACCGGAGGGGGACUGAGGUUAAAGCCGAAGUCUCUUUGAGGAACCCUCCCGCGGGCCGAAUAGCCAAACCGCUUGCCGCUUUGGUCUACAUCUGGUUGGCCGCCAGAUCCUGUCACUGGGAUGGCACGACCCAGAUCACUACAACUCUCGUUGGAGGGUUUACCAGAUGAGGCCACCACAGAUGGUCCUUUCCUCCUUCGACCGCAAAUUUUCAACAGUUUGGUUGAAGCUGGAAUAAACGAACAAUCGAUCGAAGGCAUUGAAUGUAUGGAAAAGAAGUUCUGGUAUAUUGUGUUCUACACCAGACAACAACACACCGAAGCUACUGGGAAAGAGAUAAAGUUACACAACCUCAAUUUUGUACUUAAAUCGUUAGAUCACCGCAACCAAGAAGACCUACAUACAUAUGGGUUAAAGUUUUCGGAUACGCUCUAGAUAUGGAUAGUAAAAUCUUGGAACAGACUCUAAACCUGUACGGGAAACUUGUAUCAGCUACUGAUGACCUCGAAGCUUGUAUUAAUAUUAAAACAGGCAUCAAACACGCACAAUUCGAAAGCCUUAGCGAGAACAUCCCUUCCUUUAUUUAUGCUGGUAAAUUCCGAGUACGGACAGUGUACAGAGAUCAACUGAAAACCUGCCGCAACUGCAUGCAAACAGGCUGCGAAGAAAGGCCAUGAUGCAAACGGGCCAUAAGAAAGGGGAGUGCCCUGAUAAACGGUGCUUCCAUUGUAAAGGGAAAGGGCAUGAACAGAAAGACUGUGCAAAGUAUGUAGAAGACUAUCCUGCCCUGUACACGAAAGACACUAACACAGAAAACACAGAUAAGAACACUGAGCAAACUGCAGAAACAAUCACAGACAGCACCAAUAAGAAAACGACAGAGGAUGUAAUCCCAAGGUCAAUGCAUGAAAAUACGACAGAGGACGGGAUCCCGAGGUCAAAUGAUGGAAAUGCAACAGAAAAGGAUGCCAACGCAACGUCAUUCCAACCAGCGUCGGAAAGAGACUGGGGUUCAAGCGGCUGGGACACUGAAAACAAAAUCCCUGACGAGGUUAUGGAUCAACAGGAGAACACCACCACAAAACAAAGCGAUGACGCAGAACAGACACGGCAGACCCUCAGCACAUGGACACCCAAACAACACCCACCCGCGAUAGUGACUCGGACAGUAACCACGAGGACAAACCACCACCAAAAACUUUGAAAACGACCCCUCCACCCUUGAAGGAAGGUACUGAGCAACACACGGGACCCCCAUGAACCAACAACAACGAGCCACCAAAAGGAAAGAACACACAGAACCGGAAAGUGCCUAUUGUGGUGUCUUCGGCCCACAAUAGAAACCUGUUCAUCACAUCAAUACCACCUUCAAAGUGAGACUGAUGAACGCUCAAUGUUAAUGGGGCAUAGUGGAAAACAGAAACGAGACAAAAUUUUUGAUUAUCUAAGAAAUUUCAAUGCAGACAUUAUCUUCCUAUAAGAAACGCACAAUGAGACUGAACAGGACGAAAAGGACAUGGACAACGGAAUGGGGGGGGGGGGGCACUUGCAUUUGGAACAGAGGUACACACCACAGCUGUGGAGUGGCAAUCCUCUUCCAUCAACGAGCGCAAGUCGAAAUAGUUAACACACAGAAAGACAAUAACGGCCACAUACUUGCAGCCACUGUAAAUAUAAGCGGAACUGGCAUCAACUUAAUGAAUGUUUAUGCACCUACAAUACAGAGGGAAUGCAAGACGUUCUUCAAUGAUUGUGGGACUUCAAACCAGGAGACCACAAUCUGAUGAUGGCUGGUGAUUUUAACUGUGUAACGAACACAUCCCUAGAUAAACAAGGGGGAAAUCCACAAAGUGGAAUGGUUGGCAUAAUUGAACUUAAUGAUUUUCGCAAUGCAAACCAACUUGUAGACAUUUGGUGUGACACACAUGAACGAGAUAAGAUCUUUACCUGGAACAACCACGACUAAGGUCCUCUCUAAGGUCCCGGCUGGACCGAUGGUAUGUGCCCCAAGCUCUGCAACAACAGACCACCUCAACCAUUCGGGCGUGUCCUCACUCCAACCACUCCGUCGUCGAAAUAGUGACAACGCUAACCCAGUUACAAACACGAGGCAAAGGGACGUGGAAAUUGAACAAUUCUAUCUUAAAAAACAGAGCUUUUCAACGCAAGAUACAAACCUUUUACACAUACUGGGUACGAAGGAAAGAAAACUUCAAAAGCAUCGCGAACUGGUGGGACGAAGCCAAGUGCCGGUUUAAACAGAUAGCCAUUGGCCACUCGGUGCGGAAGGCCCGAAAUCGAAGACAGAACAAGGCGAAUUUACAACAGAAAUUGACCAUGAUGAAGAAUGAACUACACCCAGACACAAAUCGUAUCCACGAGUUAGAACAACAGAUUAACCAGCUUGUGACCACGCGCAUCGAAGGGGUAAAG